AUGACUAUAUUUAAUGAUCUAAAAGUAUUAUUAAAAAACAAAGAUCAAGAUGAUAAAAAUAAGAUAAAUAAUAAAGUUUCUGAAACGAAUGUAAAUAAAACUGAAAAUAAAUACUCUAAUUUUAAAAUAUCUUUGAAAACAUUUCCUACUUAUUUAUAUUACAAUACCGAUAGUAUAAAUUAUAAUAAAAAUGAUUGGAAGGAAAAAAAUUAUAAACAAAAUAUUAUAUCAUUUUUUAAUGAUAUUUCAGAAAUCAAGAAAGAAGUUUAUGAUAUUGGAAAAAGUCUUGUUAAACCCUCUAAAAAAGAGAAAAGUAAAAGAAAUUUAAUUUUAUUUAGUAAAAAUAGUUUACAACAUAAAAAUUUACAAAAUAAAAGUGGAUUUAUUCAAUAUUAUAGUAUUAAUCCAAUAAAUAGUAACGAUAAAAUAUUGAAUUUCAAAAAACAAUACAACACAUAUCCAUUGAUUAUAAAAAUACCUAAAUUAAAUAACAACAACAACAAAAAACAUGAAAAUAAUAUCUACCAGUGGUACGAUAAAAAAAUCACCGAUCAAAAACAAAGCUUAUCUGUAUUUGAUUAUGACACAAAUGAUGAAAUAAAUAAUUCUAAUAGCAUCGUAUCAAAUAAUUCUACAAUCGAUGUAAACAAAAAAAAUUACAAAAAGAAAAAUAUGAUUGGUGAUCAUUCUAAUGAAAUCAUUAGUAGAAAAAAUAUGAUUCAAUCAUCAUCAAAGUAUUAUGUAACAUUCGAGAAAAAUGUUACGUUAAUUAUUUUUAAUAUUUAUGAUAGUAGUGAUUAUAUAAUAAUACAAGAACCAUUAAAAACUGAUGUUGAUAAUAUAACACUUAAUGAAGAUUCAACAAAUAAUACUUCUAACUUUUUAAGAAAAAGUAACUAUGAAUAA